AUGUCCACACCGUACGAGCCCCAGCCGACUUGCCCGGCGGAGUGGCAGGAUCAGUAUGCACUCUCAACCGCGGUUGGUGCCGUGCCUGUGAAAGAGGAUGCUGGAGACAAAGAAACGUACACUGGCUAUAGGCGAGCAGUGUAUCUCACCUCUACCCAACUCGUCGACUCCCUGGUCUACAACGUGAUGUACAUCUACACCGAUGUUCUUGCCUUUGACUCUCCAGAAACGAUCCUUUCGCCUACGGCGGACAGUAUGUUCGUACUCGCUGCGCGGGUCCUGACUGCCGAUGCGCCCGUGACCCUGAAGGUCCACCCUGCCUCCCGCACGAGCUGUGUGAUCCGUAUCUACGCCUCUAUCCUAGACCAGCCCGUGACUAUACAGAGCCCCGAUCCGUCGCAAAGUGUCCGCUUGAAGCUAGGACCGGAGACGAAUCACAUCGGGGCGGUGGUCACUGUCGAGACGGACAGUAUCAGUGUCGCGUACUAUCAGCAGUACUUCGACAGCCCGGAUGAGAUUUUCCAGGCCACACUAGCGACGCAGUUACGGGUCGCGCAAGCGCUAUUCUGGCAGAAGCCAUCCAUUGCUAUAUCCUUAUGUGCGCACGUGGCUACCGCAACGGCCCAUCCCACUCUUUACCCGGCCCUCAAUGCGCAGGCCGUCUCUCUGGGCCAGCAAUUGGCCGCCCAGGCCAUGACCGGCCUUGACACCACAUAUGCCCCCGCCUUGACCAUCAGCCAGUACCGGCAAACCGUGGAAGAUUCCAUCGAUGCCCUGGAAGCGUUCGAGACGCAGUACGAGCGAUUUCAGGAUCAGAAAAGCAAUGUCGAAGAUCAGAAGGCUGCCUGGCAGCCCAUGCUCCAGCAGGCCAUCAAUCGACAAGCCCUGCGCGAACAGGCCCGGAAUUCUGCCUCCGCCAAAUACUCCGAUGCCUGUGCCACUCGAGACAACUGUCUGGAUCGGGUCACCGCGAGUCAGGGCGAGUUGGACUCCGCCCGAGAAGCCGUCGGCCGCUGCUGGGCCUUAGAAUUUGGCGUGCAGCUGUACCGUAUCUCUACGACUUUCUCCGUUGACGAUAUAGCACAAGCGAUCAAUACCGCAAAAGGGGUCAUAGACCAGGUCAGAUCAGCAGAGCAGACAACGGCGCAAGAGGAUCGGAAGAUCUCCUCGGAUAUUUUGCAACAACUCACAGAGUGCAUGGGUCCAGUGAGAACCUUGUACUUUUCCAUGAUGCUGAUCGUCGCGGCGGUCAAGGAAUGCGAAACCGAUCCGAGUGCGGUGAUUCCGCCCGUGGACGACAUCUCCGGAACUAGCCAAGGCGACGCCGACGCGAAGCUGAUCAUCACGUUGACCACAUGGGAUACCUGGACCCUUGAGUCUGUCGCCCAGCUGGACUUUGCGAUCGCCCAUGCCAUCGGAGGGGCUACAGGUUAUCGGACGGCUCUGCAAAAGUAUAGCAUUAACGGGAAAGCGCUGGCUCAGGUGGAGGCUCAGGCCGCCAAGGCAGGACAGGAAUACGUUCAGGCAGAGAUGGCAGUAAUCACAUGUAACGAGGAUAUCCAUGAACUCCAAGAUCUAGUCGGCAAGUAUACUGGGGAAGCGGCGCAAUAUGCUGCAGCCGAAGCUAAGUUCUACGACUCUUAUCUUUCUAUGCAGACCUCGGUGGCGAUCCAGAUGCGUAACAUGGCAUGGGCAUAUAAGUACUGGGCCCUGGAAGACAGUCCUCUGGUGCUGGAUUCUCAAAAGACCACGGCCCAGUUUCGCACUGACGUGUAUCUCAUUGACGACGCGAUGAACACCGUCAACUCAAAGUAUGACCGAAUCCUGCAGUUACUCACCCAAACGGUGUCAUCUAGCGAUCUUCCAUCCAACUUCGGCCCGUUGAUCAUCUCAGGCCUCCAGAGCAAGACCCACCGCGCCAGCUUCACCCUCACCCCGAGCACAGAUCCGGCAAGAGAUACGGGCUUCGCCAGCAUCUUCACGGAUGGGUCGCAUUUCCGCGCAGCUGGCCUACAAUAUCUCCGGGGCGCCCGGCCCCGACCAGAGAAUCUCCACAAUGGGGUGUACCGUGUCGACCUAGAUAUCUCGACCUCGGCGCUGUAUGCGGACAUCCAAGAUGGGAAGAUCUCCCAUUUCACCCGCGGGCCGCAGCGCGCACGAGUCUCCUACGAUAUGACUACUAGCGGCGAGAUCGGGGAGGUCCAUAUCGACGGGUCGUUCGGAGACGAGGUCCAUGCGUAUCCGACUGUUUUUACUCAGUGGACGAUCCAUUUGCCCUGA